AGGCAAGCCUCACUUACAUCGCAUCCGCUGCCUCACCUUGGUUAUUUUCAAGUGUCGAAACUUCGUGAAUCAACAGAACAAACGAAAACGGGGAAAGUAAUAACCAGACAACCUGACUGAAAAAUGUCGCGCAGCUUACCAAACAUCAUCAUCACCGGCACCCCAGGAGUCGGCAAAACGAGCCACUGCGAACUGCUCGCUGAGCGCACGGGGCUCAAACACGUCUCGGUGAACCAGGUGGUCAAGGACAAGGAGUGCCAUGAGGGUUGGGAUGAGGAGUAUCAGAGCUGGAUUGUGGAUGAGGAUAAGCUGCUCGAUGCGAUUGAGGACGAGGUCAAGCAGGGCGGGUGCAUAAUAGACUGGCACGCGUGCGACCUGUUCCCCCAGAGCUGGAUCGACCUGGUCGUGGUGCUGCGGGUCGAUACGGCAACGCUGUAUGAUCGGCUUAUAGAAAGAAAAUACCCCGAAGCCAAACUCCAAGAAAAUAUAGACUCGGAGAUCAUGGACGUACUGCUGCAGGAGGCGCGGGACUCGUACGACGAGGAGAUUGUGGUUGAGCUGCGGAGCGUGACGGCGGAUGACAUGGAGAGCAACGUGGACAGGAUUGAACAGUGGUUAAAACAGUGGAAGGAGAACAAUGCUUCAUGAAGAUCUCGUUCAGGGGCUAAAUUUAGGUAGGGUAGCGGGUUACCGCACACACAAGCUACACCACCUACCGAUGAAUAUGAGAAAGUCACAAGGCAAAGGAACAUGUGAAGUCG